AUGUACGGGUACGGGCGACCGCCGACAGGCGCGUCUCGUCGACGAUUCGAUGAGUACUACCGAUGUUAUCCGGUAGCGAUGCUGAAUGGGCCUGAUCGGUCAUAUGUCAACUACGGAGGCAAAGUCUUCCUGCCGCCAUCCGCCCUGCAGAAGCUCACAAUGAUGCACAUCGCCUAUCCAAUGGUAUUUGAGGUCAUCAACCAGGACAAGAUGACGCACGCCGGUGUGCUGGAGUUUGUGGCAGAGGAGGGACGGAUAUAUCUGCCUUGGUGGAUGAUGAAUAGAUUGGGCAUCAAUGUCGGCGACAUCAUACAAGUGAAGUCCACGGAUCUGCCCCCAGGAAACCUCAUCAAGCUCAAGCCUCAGUCCACGGCCUUUCUUGACAUCAGUGAUCCUCGAGUGGUUCUUGAGAACGCCUUCCGUGGCUUCUCAUGUCUCACUAAAGGUGAUGUCUUCCAGUUCAGCUACAAUGACAGUACCUACGACAUGCUUGUCGAGGCUGUACAGCCUGAGACAGAGAAGAUGGGCAUCGUCACCAUGGAGACUGAUCUCAAAGUCGAGUUCUCUGCUCCGGUCGGCUACGUCGAACCCGAGCGCCAGAGCGGCACAUCGACGCCAGCAUCGAUUGGCAAGAAGGGUGGCCAUCUCCACGCCCAAGGCACAAUGGCGCAGAGCAUCAACUACUCCAGCAUCGCACCUGGCUCAACCGAGGCGGCAGCCGGCGCAAGAGCCAUGUCAUCGAACUUCCUCACUUCAGUCAUACGCUCAAGAAAACCGCGAAGACGCCAACACCUAAUCCGUCAACGCCAGUGGCGGGCGCGAGUACGAAUCAGCCUGGUCCGGAAGUUGUUCUUUGGGUACGAAAUCAAGCCGCUGAAGAAGAAGGGCGAGGACGGCGAGGAGCUGGGGAAGGAUGAGAAGAAGCCCUUCUUUCAGGGUCAGGGGCAGACGUUAAGACCGUCAAAGAAGGGGAAGUAG